CUAAAAGGGGCAGGAGCGGGGGGCAUCGGGGCAUCUGCCGGGAUUGAGCAUGCUAAGAAGCCCGGCCCGCCGCGGGCCGCCCGCCCCUCGCCCCAACGCUUAGAGCGGCCCAGCCCGGAGGAGCGGGCGGAGGGAGGACCAGCCGGGGCACCAGUCGGGGCACCAGCCGGGGCACCAGCCGGGGCACCGAGCCCGGGCACCGAACCCGGCCCCCGCCCGAUCGACGUAAGGCUAAUUUGGAAACAUUUCUGCAGCCCAUGGAAGAGCUAAUUUAACCAGACUUUGUCAUCUUUGAAGAAUUUCCAGAACUGAAGAAUCAACUACCAUGCAACAGUGGAGACAGUUUCUGCACGAUGAGACCUUCUGAGAUGUGAUCACUCUUAUAAAGAAGGAAACCACAGCCCACCUAACUAAUUAGACCACUAAUUUCUAGUCUGUGGAGACCUUCCUGAUUUUAUUGAAAAUCAUGGCCAAGCCUUAUGAAUUUAACUGGCAGAAGUCGGUUUCUUCCUUUUUGCAAGAAGGAGCUGUUUUUGACAGAUACGAAGAGGAGUCCUUUGUCUUUGAACCUAACUGCCUCUUCAAAGUGGAUGAAUUUGGCUUCUUCCUAACUUGGAAAAGUGAUGGAAAGGAAGGACAAGUAUUAGAGUGCUCCCUGAUCAACAGUAUUCGUGUUGGAGCUGUACCCAAGGAUCCCAAAAUCUUAGCCGCUCUUGAGGCUGUUGGAAAAGCAGAAAAUGAUUUGGAAGGGCAAAUCGUUUGUGUGUGCAGUGGCACAGAUCUGGUGAACAUCAGCUUUACUUACAUGGUAGCGGAAAAUGCAGAAGUAGCUAAGCAAUGGGUGGAAGGUUUGCGAGCUAUCAUACAUAAUUUUAGAGCUAACAACGUCAGCCCCAUGACAUGCCUCAAGAAGCACUGGAUGAAAUUGGCAUUUCUGACAAAUACAAAUGGUAAAAUUCCAGUUAGGAGUAUCACUAGAACAUUUGCCUCAGGUAAAACAGAAAAGGUGAUCUUUCAAGCUCUCAAAGAGUUAGGUCUUCCCAGCGGAAAGAAUGAUGAAAUUGAGCCCGCAGCAUUUACUUAUGAAAAGUUUUAUGAAUUGACCCAAAAGAUUUGUCCUCGGACUGACAUAGAGGAUCUCUUUAGGAAAAUCAAUGGAGACAAAACUGAUUAUUUAACGGUAGACCAAUUAGUGAGCUUUCUAAAUGAACAUCAACGAGAUCCUCGGCUGAAUGAAAUUUUAUUCCCAUUCUAUGAUACUAAAAGGGCAAUGCAGAUAAUUGAGACUUAUGAGCCUGAUGAUGAGUUGAAGACAAAAGGCCUCAUUUCAAGUGAUGGGUUUUGCAGAUAUUUGAUGUCAGAUGAAAAUGCUCCCGUCUUCCUAGACCGCUUGGAGCUUUACCAAGAAAUGGACCAUCCUUUGGCUCACUACUUCAUCAGUUCUUCCCACAAUACGUAUCUCACUGGCAGGCAGUUUGGCGGGAAGUCUUCUGUUGAGAUGUACAAACAAGUGCUCUUAGCCGGAUGCAGGUGUGUUGAACUUGAUUGCUGGGAUGGAAAAGGCGAAGAUCAAGAACCAAUAAUCACACAUGGAAAGGCAAUGUGUACAGAUAUACUGUUUAAGGAUGUAAUUCAAGCGAUCAAAGAGACUGCAUUUGUAACAUCUGAGUAUCCAGUCAUUCUUUCAUUUGAAAAUCACUGCAGCAAAUAUCAACAGUACAAGAUGUCCAAAUAUUGUGAAGAUCUAUUUGGGGAUCUCCUGUUGAAACAAGCUCUUGAAACACAUCCACUUGAACCAGGCAGACCCUUGCCUUCGCCUAAUGACCUGAGAAGAAAAAUACUCAUUAAAAACAAAAGGCUGAAACCUGAAGUGGAAAAAAAACAGCUUGAAGCUUUGAAAAGUAUGAUGGAAUCUGGAGAGUCUGCUGCCCCUGUAAAUAUUUUAGAAGAUGACAAUGAAGAAGAAAUAGAAAGUGCUGACCAAGAGGAAGAGGCUCAUCCGGAGUACAAAUAUGGAAGUGAACUCUCUGCAGAUGACUUGAGUCAAAAGGAAGCUGUUGCAAAUAGCGUAAAAAAGGCUGCUGACGACUCUGAACAUGAAAACAAUAAAAAGGGGCUCGUAACUGUGGAAGAUGAGCAAGCGUGGAUGGCUUCCUACAAAUACGUUGGAGCUACAACGAAUAUUCACCCCUACUUAUCGACCAUGAUCAACUAUGCUCAGCCUGUAAAGUUUCAAGGUUUCCAUGUAGCAGAAGAACGCAAUAUUCAUUAUAACAUGUCCUCUUUUAAUGAAUCAGUUGGACUAGGCUAUUUGAAGACGCAUGCAAUCGAGUUUGUGAAUUAUAACAAACGGCAAAUGAGUCGGAUAUACCCCAAGGGAGGUCGAGUGGAUUCCAGUAAUUACAUGCCCCAAAUUUUCUGGAACGCUGGCUGCCAGAUGGUCUCACUGAACUAUCAAACCCCAGAUUUAGCGAUGCAAUUGAAUCAGGGAAAAUUUGAAUAUAAUGGAUCAUGCGGGUAUCUUCUCAAACCAGAUUUCAUGCGACGGCCAGACAGAACAUUUGACCCUUUCUCUGAAACUCCUGUAGAUGGUGUUAUUGCAGCAACUUGUUCAGUGCAGGUCAUAUCAGGUCAAUUCCUGUCAGACAAAAAAAUCGGUACGUAUGUAGAAGUGGACAUGUACGGGUUGCCCACGGACACUAUACGUAAGGAAUUCCGAACCCGUAUGGUGAUGAACAAUGGUCUCAACCCCGUUUACAAUGAAGAGUCAUUCGUAUUCCGAAAGGUUAUUCUCCCUGAUCUUGCUGUGCUGAGAAUAGCAGUUUACGAUGACAACAACAGGCUAAUUGGUCAAAGAAUUCUCCCUCUUGAUGGUCUUCAGGCAGGCUACAGGCACAUUUCCCUUCGGAAUGAAGGCAACAAACCAUUAUCAUUGCCAACUGUUUUCUGCAAUAUCGUGCUUAAAACAUACGUGCCUGAUGGUUUUGGAGAUAUUGUGGAUGCUCUGUCGGAUCCAAAGAAGUUUCUAUCUGUAAUGGAAAAAAGGGCUGACCAAAUGAGAGCAAUGGGGAUUGAAACUAGCGAUAUAGCUGACGUGCCAAAUGACACCUCCAAGAACGAUAAAAAAGGAAAGGCCAACAAUGCCAAAGCCAAUGUGACUCCUCAGAGUAGCUCAGAACUUCGACCGAGUAGCACUUCAGGCUUGGGAACCGGAUUGGAGGCAAAGAAAGGAAUAGAACUUAUUCCUCAAGUGAAGAUAGAAGAUUUAAAGCAAAUGAAGGCUUACUUGAAGCACUUAAAGAAACAACAGAAGGAGCUAAAUUCUUUAAAGAAGAAACAUGCAAAGGAACACAGUACUAUGCAGAAAUUGCACUGCACACAAGUUGACAAGAUUGUGGCACAGUAUGAUAAAGAAAAGUCAUCUCAUGAGAAAAUUUUAGAGAAGGCAAUGAAGAAGAAGGGAGGAAGUAAUUGUCUUGAAAUGAAAAAGGAAACAGAAAUUAAAAUUCAGACAUUAACAACGGAUCACAAGUCUAAGGUAAAAGAAAUUGUGGCCCAGCACACAAAAGAGUGGUCAGAGAUGAUCAACACUCACAGUGCCGAAGAGCAGGAAAUUCGAGAUCUUCAUCUCAGCCAGCAGUGUGAACUGCUGAAAAAGCUACUCAUCAACGCCCAUGAACAACAAACCCAGCAACUGAAGCUUUCCCACGACAGGGAAAGCAAGGAAAUGCGUGCCAACCAGGCUAAGAUUUCCAUGGAAAACAGCAAAGCCAUCAGCCAGGACAAAUCUAUCAAGAAUAAAGCAGAACGAGAAAGGCGGGUCAGAGAACUAAACAGCAGCAACACCAAGAAGUUUCUGGAAGAGAGAAAGAGGCUUGCAGUGAAGCAAUCCAAAGAAAUGGAUCAAUUGAAGAAAGUUCAGCUUGAACAUCUGGAAGUCCUGGAGAAACAGAAUGAACAGCUUUUGAAAACCUGUCAUGCAGUGUCUCAAACACAAGGCAAAGGAGAUGCAGCAGAUGGUGAAAUUGGAAGCCGAGAUGGACCGCAGACCAGCAACAGUGGUGUAAAACUCCAUAAUACAAACUGAAGCUGAAAAAUGUAGUAGUAUCAACUACCAAGCGAAAACUCCAGACCACAGGCUCCAUAUAUACGAUUUAAUAUUUUGAGUGCUGAAUGUCCUUUGCCAAACUACAGCUAACUGAAAGGAGGCACAAAGUUUAACCAUUGAAAAUUCAACUUUAAAACACGUUUGUCUUGUAAAAUAUCACAAAUCAAAUGAGCUUGGUACACAUAACCCUGCUUUAUGACGCACUACUAGGACAUGUUUGGGCUGCAGUUAAAAACCAGUGCAUGUAUUGGAAAAUUCUGAUCUGAAAAUUCAUCAGCGGAACUGAGAGUCUGAUGCCUCAAUAAUUUUACAGGAUAUUUCGACAUCCAAGUUACCUCAUUAGUAAGUGCCAUACCUUCAUCAUGCUGUAAGAAGCUGAAUUCCUGUAAAAGUUGUUGAAAUGGUUAAAUAGAAAAAAAACAACACAUUGUAUUUGUGCCAAAAUUCAUUAGUGCUCACAGGUUAAAAGGAACUAUGGUUAGGCACUUUAAGAAAAGUUUACAUCAAACAUUGCUUGUAUAGAAUUUGCAUUUUUGAUCUAUCACUGCAGAUUCCAAAUAUUUCAGUUCAUUAUUGUAUUUUAAAGAUUGUGAAAUCGUUAUUGGCAAAAGUUUGUAACUGUGAAAAAUGUAUAAAGUAUUUAUACACUGAAAAUCAUAUAAAUGUUGACAAAAUUAGUAAACAAGAUUACUAGAACUUUGCAUGUGAAAGAAGCACCAGUUAUGACUAAUCCUUUAGGGUCACGGUCAUCUACUAUUACCAAGUAAAUACUGAUUAAAUGUAUGGCACAGAAUAUUAUUUGAUUAACUACCAAGCCUUUUAGGAUAUGACAAAUAUAUAUAUAUAUAUGUGUAUAUGAAUUAUGUGGGCAUUCUUGAUACUUCAAGUUCUAGUUUAAAAAAGUACAUAACUAAUUUAAUUUUACACAAAAAAUAUUUAUGCAGAUUUUCAGAAUUUCAUAUCAGGAAAUAACCUUUUUAUGUCUGUUAAAUAUAAAGUUUGCUACAGUGUUAAUCUGCAUGGUCUUAGAGACUGCUGUAGUUAUACUGCAGACCAGUGCAUGAAAAAGCAUUCCAUUGGGAAUUUGCCAUGCUACCAAUACAAAGGGGUCUGCAUGGAAAAACUGGUAGUUUAGAACAAAUCAGAUAACUGAUUUCAGUAAACAGAGCACCAACUGAGUUGUAUAUGCUUGUACAAACUGAUUCUGUGUAAUCCUCUAAACAAAACAGAUGGAGAGAUCAUUAUGUUACCACCAAACUUCAAAUGAGACUUUCAACUUCUCUAAUAAAAGCUUAAAACAAA